UUGUCAUCUGAUUGCUAUCAUUUUCAGUCGUAUUUUCACCCUCCAAUAUAUUUGGAAAGUUUAUGUGCAAAAAUCAAUAAUCUAAAUAAUACUAAAUCGAAACCUUGCGUUCAGGUCCUUAAUCUUAUUGUGCACAAAAAACCGCUAUGGGAAAUACAGAUACUAAGCUAAAUUUUCGUAAAGCGAUUGUGCAACUUACGAGUAAAAGCCAGCCAAUCGAUGCAAGUGAUGACGCAUUUUGGGAACAGUUUUGGUGUGAGCAUAGCACAUCUGUGCAGGAUGUGUUCGCUCUUAUACCGUCGAAUGAAAUACGUAAAGUAAGAGAUGUGAUGCCCAGUAAUUUGGCUACUCUUUGCUACAAAGCAACGGAACGACUUGUGCGAGCCGUUGACAACAGUUGCAGAACACAAGGUGAACAGCAAACAGUUCUUAAUUGUAUACGGCUUUUAAAUCGAACCUUGCCGUAUAUAUUUGAGGAUCCACAGUGGAAGGAUUUUUUCUGGUCCUCCUUACCGUCUGGAAAUGAAAAAGACGAUACUGCUGCGCCUUUGGCGCAGAGUCUACUAAACGCCAUUUGUGAUCUUCUGUUUUGCCCAGACUUCACCGUUGUUGGUUUACGGAAAUCAGGUCCAGAAAAAGCGGACGAACUAAAUUCCAUCGAUAGUUGCGAAUAUAUCUGGGAAGCGGGAGUCGGAUUUGCUCAGUCUCCUCCUAGAAAUGGACCAAUGGAUUCACGUAGAACAGAGCUACUUAAACUACUGCUGACCUGUUUCAGCGAAACGAUGUAUCGCGCACCGACAAUGAGCGAUGAACCAAACAAAUGGAUUGUACAUUUUACCAGUGCAGAAAAUCGUCAUGCAUUGCCUCUUUUCACCUCUCUGCUGAACACCGUUUGCGCAUAUGAUCCGGUGGGAAUCGGCGUUCCUUAUAAUCAUCUGCUAUUUACCGAUACGUUAGAACCACUGGUUGAAGUUUGUCUACAAAUUUUGAUCGUCACGUUGGACCAUGACAUAACUAGUAACUCACCAACGCCAUCCGCACCCUAUUCGCACGACGAUAGCACUAUUGCGGAUAAUCUUUUCAUCAAUUAUUUGUCUCGAAUUCAUCGGGAUGACGAUUUUCAGUUUAUUCUGAAGGGCGUGACACGUUUGUUGAACAAUCCGCUUGUACAAAGUUACCUGCCCAAUUCGACCAAACGAUUACAUUGCCACCAAGAGCUGCUGGUGUUUUUCUGGAAAAUUUGUGACUAUAAUAAGAAAUUUUUAUAUUUCGUACUUAAAAGUAGCGAUGUUUUGGACAUACUAGUUCCAAUUUUGUAUCAUCUUAACGAUUCCCGAGCUGAUCAAUCUCGCGUCGGUUUAAUGCACAUUGGUGUUUUUAUACUGCUUCUUUUAUCGGGAGAGCGAAACUUUGGAGUCCGGCUUAACAAACCUUACACUGCUACAGUUCCUAUGGAUAUUCCUGUCUUUACGGGCACCCAUGCCGAUUUGCUUAUUACGGUGUUUCAUAAAAUAAUCGCUACCGGUCACCAACGUUUGCAACCAUUGUUCGAUUGCUUAUUGACUAUAUUGGUGAAUGUUUCCCCUUACCUGAAAACAUUAUCAAUGGUGGCCGCUGUUAAAUUGCUGCACUUGUUAGAAGCCUUCAGUACACCAUGGUUUCUCUAUUCCGCACCGUCCAAUCAUCAUCUGGUAUUUUUCCUGCUGGAAAUAUUUAAUAACAUUAUUCAAUACCAGUUCGACGGGAACUCGAACCUUGUUUAUACUAUCAUUCGUAAAAGACAAGUGUUCCAUGCGCUGGCUAACUUACCAACAGAUGCCAGCGGGAUAUCGCGUUGCAUGAGUAACAGAAAAAGUGGAAAGCUGAACAACUCUAGUCAUGGAAACCGAUCUAUUUCUCGCAGUGAGCCGAACAAGGAGGUUUUUCCUGCGGUGAUUGGUGCGGAAGAUGAUAGCGAGGAAGAUAUCACAGUAAGAACUGGUCAAUUAUGCGUUACUGGUGUACAGAAUUCUGACGAAGAAGAUAGUCGCAGUGAAAUUGUAGAGGAAUCAAUGGAAGGGUCUCAUCCAGCUCAACCAGCUGAACCGGGAACAUUGAAAGCUACAUUGUUGGAAACUCCCGAUAUUGCCCAAAUAACGGAACGGGAGUCUGCUCAUCCGUCUGGUGAUGUUACGACUCCUUCGCCCGUUGAAACGAAUUCUAAGAGUUCGAUUGGUGAAGUAAGCAAAGCAAACAACUCUCCUAAAGAGUCACCGAGCAAGGAACAAUUAUCGCCAAUUAAGCGAUCUGUAACGCAGCGCGGCAGUAUCCGUGUCACACCAGCUGCGACUCAUAAUGCCCAGCUGAAACAGUGGCUACCAGCUCCGGAAUGGGUUCAAUCGUGGCGGUCGAAGUUACCACUACAAACCAUAAUGCGUCUGCUGCAGGUUCUCGUGCCACAGGUUGAGAAAAUAUGCAUCGACAAAGGAUUAACCGACGAGUCGGAAAUUCUGAAAUUCCUACAACACGGAACGUUGGUUGGUUUGCUGCCGGUACCUCAUCCGAUUCUGAUUCGAAAGUACCAAGCAAACGGCGGAACGACUGCCUGGUUCCGCACAUAUAUGUGGGGUGUCAUUUACUUAAGAAACGUAGAUCCAGCCAUAUGGUACGACACGGAGGUCAAAUUGUUCGAAAUACAGCGCGUUUAAGAGCUAAGUACAUCCCAAAAAACUCAGCACACAGACCAAUAAACAGAAGCAGGUAGGUAUAGUUCUACCGUCUACACAUAUAAGUAUACUCUUUCCGUAAUACGUCAUAAUCAAAAAUUCAAUAACGCUUGAAAGCAUUCCAUUGUGACCUAAGCUUUUUCACUCAUUUACACAUACAAAUAAAAAAAAGUUUGAUACUUUCUAUAUACAUCUUUUGAAGAAUGGUAACAGAGAUUAGAGAACAAUACACCGAAACCUGUACAUCAUUACAACACGAAUAAUAAUUAGAUCACAGGGAACAGACAUCCAAAGUAGAACAAACAUUCUAAAAAACAACAGAACUCAGUACCGUUGCGUACGAUUUUACACGCUUGAAAUACUAUAACACCAUAGUUCGAACGCAAGUGUUCGUUUACGUUUGCUGAAACUGCUCACAGCUCCUCUGUAGACCAGUUGGUACUUAGUGAUAACUUUUCAAAUGGUCAGACUGGACUUUUGAAAACUAGACUUGUACGUCUGUUAUCUGUGAUCGAACAUGUUAGCCAUUUUAAAUUGUCCUGCUGAUCAAUGGUCGGCAGAUUCAAUUCAUUUUCGCUGCUGGUGCUUAAUAACAAACUAAAUUAAGCAGGCAUUUAUUUUUAUACAACUUUGACUCUCGAGUUAAACGCAAGAAUGGAGAUCGUUAUAUAUCCUGCUUAUAGAAAAUACAGUUUAGCGUACUAAAAUCAAGUAUAUUUAUUUCAUUUAAUAUAAAUUAGGUUAGUUGCGAAUUCCUCUGUAUCAAGUAAUUCUCAAAAGUAGUUUGGCACAGAAUCGAUGUAACUUCUGCCUUUAUUUACUUGCACUUCUUUUGUGUACAUUUGAGUAUUUUCACGUCUGCCUUCACCUGAUGUAUAUUAUGAUGGACCACCAUCCUUCGUUCAUGCUCUCCGACAUACUACUCUUUCACCACAGUGCAAUUGUCUAGUAUAUUUGCAUUUUCGUAAUAUAUUGGAAAAAAUUAUUUAUUAAAUAUAAGACAUCAAUGUAUUGUAUAUUAAACAACGCUUAAGUAAAAUGACGUAACAAUUAUAUAUCAUUCUAUUAACGUAAACAAUAAAAUGUCUAUGAUUGGAA